AUGCCUCGUGAGGCACGACAUGUUGUAUUUGAAUUCAUGUUGGCUUGUAUUGUAGGCCAAUACACAGAUUUAGGUAUGGCACGAGUCACGUUUUAUUCUGCACUUCGAAAUUACAACAACUGGGAAGACUUCGCCGACAUGUACAAGGUGUUAUUUGCUCUUUGUAAAGAGGGAAGAGACAUAUCAGGCUUUGAAAAGAAUGUGUGUAAACUAUUAAUACAUUGGCUAGAUAUUGCUGUCGUACAACAAAGACCGAUAGACCAACCUAUUCCUUACCUAAGUGAUAUUUUACACCUGUUAACAUUGGUCGCAAAAUUUAAUUUUGCCUUGUUUGAAGAAGAUGAAGUAUCUCAAAUGAUUGAUGCUACUCAUAAGGCGUUUUUUUCUUCUCAUCAUCUGGAUGAUAUCACGGCUUGUCUUGAAUUUGCGGACAUCGUUGUAAGAUAUAGAUUUGUACCCUUUCAUGCAUUAACUCCAUUUUUGGAUAUUUUGGCUGCUUCCGUUAUUCUUGCACCUCAAAAAUCAACCGUUUCUUCUUGGCCCAUCUUUUUAAAUUUACUUCGUUCUCAUUGUGCUCAUUCCGCUAUUUUGACUCUGUGUAAAUUCCUAGAUAAAUCACCUUCAAAUAUUGACAAGGAAAACAUUUUGAUCAAGGGCGCCAUCACACUGCUUGGUGAAACUGCUUGGGGAAAAAACAGUAAGACUGGUGCUGACACAUAUAUGGUGUCUGAUUCUGUUAUUCUCAUGUAUUUCAGAAGAGCUGCAUCCAAAGGAAAUGAUACAAUCAAUGGAACAAUUUUAAGUAGUUUGAUAUCACUUAUUGCCGACCAAAUGACGAUGCCAAGUUUAAUGGAAUGGGAAGCUGUAUGGGAUAUAGUUGAUGUCUGUACUAAGCAUAUAUUGAAAAUCACUGAUAAUAAUAGCAAUAAUGAUUGCAGAUUAUUUGAUGAUGUUUCUACAUAUUCCUCCACAUCUUGCAUCUAUCAAUUUUCAAGGUUUAGUAAAAUAAUCAUGCAACAAAACAGAGGACCGAUGACUCGCUGGAUAAAUGUAUUAUAUCAAUUACGUGAUUAUUGUGGGGACCAAACAGCUAAGAUAUUACUGGAUUAUUACGUGACAGAACAUUCCUUUUUACCGUCCACAGAAAAUUGGUUGACCCUAUUACAACAAAUCACAAACACCUUCUAUAUUCACGCCACGGCCAUCUCACCUUCUACUCGAUUAACCAUGUUGGAUAUUGUAUAUGACGUUUGUAUUUCGGUCAAGGAUUUUUAUUCCGAAGUUACCUACGAAACUAUCGUCAUCCCAAUGAUGAAAGCCUUACCUCAGGAAACUGAUCUCCAAAUAAGACAAACUGCAAUCGAUUUAUUAGUUUCUUCAUUAUCUGAUUGUCAAAACGAAUCAAUCUUUGAUACACUCAUUGGAAUUCUUCGAGAAUGUGCCCAUUGUCAAUGUAUUCCGGACGACCCUACCACUAAGUCAUCCAUCAUACGUCGUACAAACACCACCGAAAAUUCAUUCUGUAUUGGUGUCUCUGCCAUGUGUGGUAUCUCCGAAUUAUUCGAGAAUUUACUAUUGGCUUCAAAUGGAAAGCUAUGUGCAAAAACAUUUGAUAUCAUUGCUGAAAUUGCGAACGAUCCACAAGAUUUAUCUUGUCCAUCUGGUGGCCCAAAGAUUGUUGCCCUGGAUUUGCUGUUAAGGUUUAGAUGCCCAACAAAUCACCACCUUUAUCUUGUCGAUGACACCAUAGAAGAAAAAGACAGUGUGAUUGCCUCUAUACGGAAGCAUCAACAAGAACGAAAAGAAGCAUACGAAAAGAAACGAUCUUCUGAACGAUUUAUACCAGGCCCAAGCAACGCACCCACCACACAGCUGAGAGGGAAAAACAUCUUCCAUCCAAGUCCUUACGUAUUUUCUUACAAUGAGAAUCCGUGUGAUGAAUCAGAGGUGGUGUUGGAUAUUAACGAAAUGCUAAAAUCUUAUGUCAACGUGUUGACCGACUCUCCAAAUUGGGUGGUCGCAUUAUUUGUAUUGAAACGGCUACCUCAACAACUAAGCAAUAAGCAUUUAUUCUGUGGAGCAUCACCUUAUAUCAACAAAUUGCGUCGUCGCUUAGUAAAAUGGACCAGUACACGGAAAUUCUUAGAAAAUGUCACUAAUGUACCUGCUACAACCAAACGUAACGAUCUCAAUGUAUACGCCUAUAGCCUUCUCACUGUAUUGAUUUCCUAUCGUCGAAUCUUUACUGAGCCGAAACAAGACCAAGAUGAGAUUGUGUACGCCUUCUAUGUAGGUAUCAUGCAAGUCACAAGUGCAACUCGUCUCUGUAUCAACUCACUAGCUGUUUGUUGUCACGAACUGCCCUUGUCCGUGGCAAAAAUGCUCAACGAAAUCUUACAGCGGAUGUCACAAAUCAUUUCUGUAAGUAGUGUGUCUGUUCAUAUCCUGGAGUUUUUAUCGGGUUUGGCAAGAUUGCCAGAUUUAUAUGCAAACUUUACUGGUGACAUGUAUAAGCCUGUAUUUGCUAUUGCUCUAAAUUAUUUGCAACAUUCUCAUUCUCAGCAACAACUUCAGCAGCAGCAGCAACAGCAACAGCAACAACAACAGCAACAGCAACAAGUCUCUCCACUAAAUACCCCCUCCGCCUCUCCUAUGAUGAGCCCAGGCGCUGCUAACAACAAAGAUAUAAGUCAAGGGGCUUUAAAACAAUACGUCUUAAUCAUGGCCUAUCUGGUUAUAACUGUCUGGUUUACAGCUAUACCGCUUCGUGAACGUCGCAAGCAUGUACCAUUUAUUAUUCAACGUCUUCUCAGUGGUAUUUCUAUGGGUAAAACUAUUGAUGAACAGACGUAUACAUGUAUCGACAUGCUUUCGCGAUUCACUUUUGCCGAUGUCAGUUUAGCUCCCGAGAAAUCUGUAGUUUCUAAAAUUCUGAUGGGUGAUGGUGAAAGUUUAACUAUGCCAGAACAAAAAUCGGGAAAACAAAGCCAACGUACAUGGAUUUAUGGACAUACACUUUUAACACUUCGUACCGCCAAAUCUUUAGGAUGGGUUGAGGUCAUGAUUCGUAGACCCUCUGGUACAGUAUCGAUGAUGUGCUAUGUAGAGAACAAGAUCAAAUCAAACGAUAUUGAUUAUCGUACUUUACCUGCACUUUUAAUGAUGCAAUAUCAACCUGAUUUAAUGGCUUCCAAAUUCAUUCAAGAAAACGAACAGGAUCGAUCAAGAAAGUCGUCGGUGGAUAGUACUGCAGCAGAAGAUGAAGAAGAGAAAAAAUCACCUGAAGUUAAUGUUCAUGAUGUUUUAUCAGAACCUAAAUCAACCAGUAAAGAACCCACUUCUUCGUUUAGUAACAACCACCACCUACGAAAGAUUGAGCCAUCGAUUGAUCCUGGAUUUUUGUAUUUACAGUUUAAUAACUAUCCGGAUAUCUCGGCAGUCAGAUCAAUGGAUUUAUCACCUCCUUUGCCAGAUGAUGAAGCAACUGCACGUACUUUGGCAACUUUUGAUCGUAUUCCGGUAGUGGAUUUUCACAAGAUUGGUGUAUUGUAUGUAGGUAAAGGACAGCAUCACGAACUCGAGAUUUUGGCCAACACGUAUGGAUCUCCCGAUUAUGUUCGCUUUUUAAAUGCACUUGGUACAAUUCAAAGGCUGCGCGGGCGCACAGGAAAUUCAGGUGGUCUUGAUCGAGAGAUGGAUAUUGAUGGCAAGUAUGCUUAUUUCUGGAAAGACGAUGUGACUGAAGCCGUGUUUCACAUUGCCACAUUAAUGCCGACCAACUUAGAGCGGGAUCCUCAAUGCAGUGCUAAAAAAAGACAUAUUGGUAACGAUUAUGUCUCUGUUGUGUACAAUGAUAGUGGUAUGGACUACGUGUUUGAUACCUUACCAUCUCAAUUCAACUUUAUAAAUAUCGUGGUAUCACCUCACUCCAUAUCAACCGAAGCUGUUUCUCCGUCACAUGCAUUGACGGGUGGAGAGAAUACUUUUUUCAAGGUAGAGAUGCAAAGACGACCUGAUAUGCCAGAUAUUGGGCCUAUGAGUGAACCGAAGUUGGUAUCGGCACAGUCCCUACCGGGUUUUGUAAGAUUGGCUGCCAUUCAUGCAAAUAUCUUUGCUCAAGUAUUUUGGCAGGCCGGUGCUGGUGGCAAAAGAGAGUACGUGUCUCAUUGGAGAGAAAGAUUAAAACAGAUUCAGCGCAUUAAAGAAAGAUUGAAUGGAAAACAACCUACCGAUACCACCAAGGUCGGCAAAGAUUAUGAGGCUUUACUCGAUUUUACAAAAUAUACAUAG